UUAAUCACACUCACUAUCCCACCCUUCAGCAUCACUCUCCCUCACCACCCCACAAGCCUAAAUUUCCACCACCAAAAUCUCACAAUCUUUAAAGCCUCUGCUCCACCAUCUUUGCUCUGAAAAUUAGUUUCCUAUAGGAUCAUCAGAAAUGGCAGCCAUGAACUCUAGUGUUUUGGCAUGCAACUAUGCCAUAUCUGGCACUGACCUCAACUCAAAGCUCAAUGCGUUGCCUUCGGUUGCCACUCCGGUAGCACCGGUUCAGAAAAUGCCUGUGAUCAGGGCACAACAGGGCAAAGUUCCUGACUCUAAUGACUCAGGAAGAAGAGCUGCCCUUCUUGGCCUCGGCGCCGCCCUAUUCACCGCCGCUAUCUCCUCCUCGUCUGCCGCCAAUGCCGGCGUCAUUGAGGAUUACUUGGAGAAAAGCAAGGCUAACAAGGAAUUGAAUGACAAGAAGAGGCUGGCAACCAGUGGCGCAAACUUCGCCCGAGCAUACACAGUUCAGUUUGGCACAUGCAAGUUCCCAGAAAACUUCACUGGCUGCCAAGAUCUUGCCAAGCAAAAGAAAGUACCAUUUAUUUCUGAUGACUUGGAGCUGGAGUGCGAAGGGAAGGACAAGUACAAGUGUGGUUCAAAUGUGUUCUGGAAAUGGUGAAAUGUAAAGACUUUGAGUAUAUACUCUUUGGAACAUGUACCUAUUUUCUGAUUCAAGGAACUGGUUUUGUGAACUUUCAUGCUGCGUUUACUAUGUAUCUUAGUCCUAUUGUUUUUCUUGUUUC